CCUAGGUCAAAACAGUGGCUAGUCUACUUCAUCAAUACUGUCAGUUGCAUAGCAUUACAGGACCCUAAAAGCCAUGGUAACCGCGCCUCAAAACCACGUAUCAAGCGGCGUAGCUGCUUCGAAUGAAGACAACAUGGUGUCCAACUAUGAUCAUCUUGACCAUUAUCUCUGUCGCGCACUGCAGAUGAUUGAGUCCGCCCGCCAGAUAAAUGUGAAAAGAGAGCGGAUCUACCAGCAGGAGCGUGUGGAAGCUCAGGCAUUGCUUUACAAAGUGCACGAUUUGCAGGAGGGACAAAAGGAACUUAUGUCGGACCAUACCAGGGCCAUCAAAAACCAGGAGGAGAUGAUGAAAAUCAAUCAAAGUCUGGAGCUUCAACUCGAAGAAGCCGAGAUGAACCAAACUGCGUGGGAGCAGCAGCACUGCCAGCUUGUCAAAAAUGCGGACCUGAACAAAGCUCAAGUCGAGGGAUUGGAACAUGUGGUCGAACAACAGGCGCGAGAUUUGCUGGUCGUGAGAGAGGAUAACGAAAAAAUCAUGUCGAUGCUUUUGAAACAUUACCCUAGCCUUUUGGAGGACGGCAGCAAUCUUUUUUCAAUUUUGGAGAACGAAAGCGAAAACGGCAGAAAGAAGAGAAGGCGGCCAUCCAGCUAG